GUCCCCAAGGCGACAAAAUACCAGGACGGGCGCACGGCUAACUUAAGAACCGCAUCUCUCCGCCAGAAUCCAAAAAGGCGCCCUCCUCGCAAACCCAAAAAAAGAUGUCCGAAGGAACGGCCAGCACCCCCUUCUGGGUCACAAUAGUAGCCUCUGCCAUCGCCGCUGUCAUAGCCCGUGGCAGCACACAUCCUCUGGACACUUUGAAGGUCCGACUGCAGACAGCAAUAGCGCCGCCACAUAGCUCGACAUCCACCCGACAUGCGCACAGCGACGCGACGGGUCUGUACGGGUUGUCAGCCUGGGGCGGGUUCUGGUUCAUAGUCCGGAACGAAGGGAUAGGGUCGCUGUAUAAGGGCUUCAGCACCGGGUUGAUCUUCGCCGUUCCAGCGAUCAUAACAUACCUGUCCACGUACGAAUGGACAAAGACGCAUCUUGGGUUCGUCGGCGAUCCUGCCACUAGUAGCAUUAUCCAUCUGCUGGCUGGAGCGCUUGCGGAGUUGCUCAGCAAUGUCUUUUGGUGUCCAAUGGAAGUGAUCAAGAGCAGGCAGCAAGCCCAAGUAGGCAGCGGCCACAUGCCUACAAAGCUAAACGCCCACCCUAGCAUGGAAAACCUCUCCAACAUCGACGACGACGCCGAUAUCCCCCUUCACACUCUAACCGACGACUUCGACUCCCCAAUCCCCCAGUCCCCAACCACAGGUCCCACAGCACCAUCAACAUUCACCCUCAUCCUCUCCCUGUACGCCCGCCAAGGCCUCCCCGGCUUCUUCGUCGGCUUCUGGCUCGGCAUCCUCGUCUACCUCCCCUACUCCAUCCUCUACUUCAUCCUCUACGAACAACUCAAACUCCUCGCUUCCCACAACACCCCCUCGCUUAUCCCCCAACUCUCCGGGUGGGCCAUCAUCCUCUGCUCCGGUGUGGCGGGGAGUAUAGCUGCCGCGGUGACGAACCCGUUGGAGGUGCCGAAGGUGGCGUAUCAGGUGGAUGAAGGGAGGAGGGAGACGUUUUGGGCCAUUGUGAAGGGGUUGUGGAGGAGGGAGGGGUGGAGGGGCUUUUGGAGGGGGGUUGGGGCGAGGGUGGCGUGGAUGGGGCCGACGCAUGUGGUGCAGUUUUGGGUUUAUGAGAGUUUUAGGGGGUGGUUGACACCGAAGGCGUGAUGGGAGGUUCCAACUUGCAUGGCGGGAUGACAUCUCGCGUCACACGUGAGAUUAAGGAGCUUCAAACGGCAGGUCUUCUUGGGAAUCUUCAGUGCACGAGGUCGUUGAUUGUUGCAGAC